AUGACUACAGAGUCAUUGCAAAAUGCGCCAAACUCAUCUUUCAAGGAAGAGCCUCAUUUCAAGGCCAAGUUGGCUGUUGGCAAUGCGGACAUAUGCUGCCGGCAGAUGAACCAGCUGAUAGUGCUGCUCUUCGCCGUGACCUCAGGCGAAAGGUUGACUGCCGCAUUUGAUCCAACCGAGCCAUGCUUCGCGAGAAUAGCUUCAUAUGCUGGAACGACUGUAGCUUCCACCUCGUCCAGGACCCAUAACCCCUCUCGCGGGACUCAAGAGCCUGUAAACCUGUUUUUUUUUCUACGCGACUCUACGAAAACGCGGUCUUUAGGCAAACGGCCGGAUGCUGAAACUGGACCGAUGUCCAUAAUCGAAAGGGUACCACCGCCGGUUGCUAGUUGA